UUCGUUGGCUUUAUCCACCCAUGGUUUUCUUUAGGCUCAAGUUGGCAUAAAAAGUGGGAUUAGUGCCGCCCCAGGCUCGGAUUAGUACCUUAAGGCAGCAACGAUUUGUGACGCAGCAAACUGAACGGAAAGGUGUCCGUUUCAUGUGCCGAAAUAGGCGCGUUCUGAGAUAAGACCAGCAACUAAUCCGGCCAUUUGCACCCGGGGUCGGUAGCGUUCCAUAAUUCCAUUUGUGCUCCAUCCCUUUUGCUUCUCAGCCAUGCUUGCUUAGAUGCUCUUGCUUCCUCAAACCAAUGCUUUUGCUUCGUGCCUUCAGGACCCUUCACUGAAUUGAACUAAGAGAGCCCGGGACAGUGCCUGUUGUAGUGGCAGUGGCACUAAACAGCUGGAGGAAGAGCCCCCAUGAUCAUGGGUGCUCUUUGUGAUUUUUGUGGGGAGCAAAGGCCAACAAUUUAUUGCCGAUCGGAUGCUGCAUCCUUAUGCUUAUCGUGCGACCGUAAUGUGCAUUCGGCUAACACCCUUUCCCAGCGACAUAUGAGGACCCUUCUGUGUGAUCGUUGUGCUUCACAGCCUGCAGCAGUCCGGUGUCUUGAAGAGAACACCUCACUUUGCCAAAACUGUGAUUGGAACGGGCAUGCCGCGACAUCCUUGGCUGCCGGGCAUCUAAGGCAGACCAUAAACUGCUACUCAGGAUGCCCAUCAUCAGAAGAGCUGGCAAGAAUCUGGUCCUUUGAUUUUGAUGCCCCUUCUGCAGCUGCUGAGCCGAACUGCGAGGAAGGAAUAAGCAUGAUGAGCAUUAAUGACAGUGGUGUCAGUAAUCAUUGUGGCGCUCAACAGGAUAGCAGCUUGCUGGAUAUGGCUAACACAUCACUCAUCAGUGAUCCACACACUGGCGAAAAGCUUAAUACCGGAGACGAAAUGAAUCUUCGGCCACUUCCUACACAUCAGCCAGCUCAAUCAGUUUCGAUGGCACCUAAGGUACCCUGUGUAACAGAUGACGAUAUGUUCAAUGAUGGCAGCAUAUAUGAAAACUUCUGUGUGGAUGAUGCUGGCCUGACAUUUGAGAAUUAUGAAGAGCUGUUUGGUACUCCUCACAUUCAGACAGAGCAACUAUUUGAUGAUGCUGGAAUUGACAGUUACUUUGGAAUGAAGGAAAUGCCAGCUGCUGAUUGUAACGAGCUCAAACCCGCGCAGCCCGAAUGUAGCAACGCAGUAUCUGCUGACUCCAGCCUCUGUGUUCCUGCUAGGCAGGCCAUAUCCAGUAUUUCCCUCUCGUUCUAUGCUUUGACUGGUGAGAGCAAUGCUGGAGAUCACCAAGAUUGUGGGGUAUCACCACUGCUCCUUACGGGCGAGCCACCCUGGCUUCCUGGUCCUGAAGGUUCAAUUGCCAGUGGCAGCAGAGGUAGUGCUCUCUCGCGGUACAUGGAGAAGAAGAAGAGAAGAAAAUUCGACAAGAAGAUCAGGUACGCUUCUCGCAAGGCUAGGGCAGACGUGAGGAAAAGGGUCAAGGGCCGGUUUGUCAAAGCCGGCGAAGCAUACGACUAUGAUCCGCUCAACGAUACACGAAGCUACUGAAGCCCAAAUGCCAUUGGCUAUAUCCAUCCAGUGCCAGACUAGCAACAAUAUAGCCUUCAGCAGCUCAUGUGGUGUCGCUCGCACUAAGAAAAAGAAAGAGAACACCAGCAAUUGUGCCGGACAGCGCAGCCGGAAAAGCGUUAAAAAAAACACACCAGUUGGUGAGUUGGAAAAUACUCCCUCCGUUCCUAAAUAUUUGUCUUUCUAGGUAUUUCAACAAGUGACUACAUACGGAGCAAAAUGAAUGAAUCUACAUUCUAAAAUAUGUCUAUAUACAUCCGUAUGUGAUAGUUCAUUGAAAUAUCUAGAAAGACAAAUAUUUAGGAACGGAGGAAGUACUACAGAUAGAGAAGCUGCAAACACGCGGGAAGUUCAUGUUAUGCCGCUGCUUCAUAUUCUCCUUGGAGGUGGAUGGAGCGUGCAGAUAUCAUUUUCUUCUUGGUGGGUGGUUUCGAUCACUCUCCACCAUCUGUGCAUUAAUCCAAUACAAUUACAGGGACUAGUCCUCCCGGCUCCCUUCCCACCGCAUGCGUGGGCAUGGCUACGCCAUACCUGCCACUGCUUCCGUGUGCGGUGCGCUGGCUGCCAGGUCCUUGAUUAAUUAUACUCGUGUAGUUUCUUCCUGUAACAUUAUUUAUUUAUGACGCAGGCGCUAGCAGCCUUGUUUAAAAACGAACUGUGGUGCCUGUUAUAACUUGUAAAGUCUGUUCCUGUAAUUUUAAAGAUGCUGGGUGUGAAAGUAGAAGCUUCCUUGUAUGUCA